AUGUUUCUCAUCAAUCGCUUGAUACGGCCUUUAAUUGGUCCUUUAUUCGGUCUGAUAGUUUUGAGCACCUCAUUAUUCGGUGCUUAUAUAAUCACGCUGUUGUUGCCGCUGUUGUUGUUCGGUACAGCACAGACAUGGAGAGCCGUGCUAGAUCGGGCCGUCAGCUUUUGGAUGAUCGUUCCCGUGACAUUAUUGGAGCACUUAUUUGGUGUGAAAUUCAAAGUGACUGGUGAUUCAAUAGAUAUGCAUAAACCAGCCAUAGUGAUCAUGAACCAUCGAACACGAAUCGAUUGGAUGUACUUUUGGGUGGCACUCUACAAGAUUAAUCCGUGGCUGAUUAGUACCAGUAAAAUAGCGUUGAAAGAAGAGCUAAGAAAAAUUCCUGGAGCAGGAUUUGGAAUGGCCGCGACUCAUUUUAUAUUCAUGCGACGGCAAGUGGAUGAGGAUAGAAGGCGAUUGACUGAUGCGAUUGACUAUUACAUUGAUAUGAGACGCAAUUAUCAAAUUCUUUUAUUCCCUGAAGGUACUGACAAGAGUGCUUGGACAACACGUAAAAGUGAUGAAUAUGCGAAAAAGAAAGGCUUGAAGCAACUGGAUUAUGUUAUAUAUCCUCGAGUGGCUGGCUUUACACAUCUGAUCAACAGAAUGCGACAACGUUAG